AUGGCACUGAGACAGUUGGCAUCAUGGCUCUUGUUAGCGGCGAAUCUCCACCUAACCGCUGGAGCCCAAGAUGGUGACAAAGUUUUCAUCCGCAAGGCUGCAGAACCUGCCAAAACGAGUGAGGAGAGAGUCAAGGGCAUCUCCCCAAGCUUGAUCACCGUGAACGUGCCCACAGUCGUUUCCUUCACUGGUGCAAAGCCAGGGGACAAAGCUGUUUUUGUGCACUCGGCAUCCUCGGACUGUGCGGCGGUGACGCCUGAGAAGGAUGUCGGUGCCGGACAUGCCAUGUUCACGAUCACGACAGCAGGUGAGUACACCUUGUGCUACCGAUCUGCGGGUUCACAAGAUUCCGUCGCCCAGACAGAGGAAGGAGUGAAGCUGCAGGUUAAAGCACCUGGAGUCACAAAAGAGAUGGUCGGGCGCUGGCAGAGCAAGGAAGGCCAGUUGGACUGCACUUCUCUCAGCUAUGUGCCCUAUUGCGGCGUGUCACAAGAAGAGAAGUGCAGCCGGACCUACAUGGUUCAAUCUGGGAUCGGCUACAAGUGCAGUUGGAAUCUUCAAGCAUGGCCUCCGAAGUGUGCGGUCGAGUCUUCAACAGAUGCCGCCAAAAUUUGCAUGUCGGGCAGAUGUGCAAAUGACGCUUGUUGGUGA